AUGCCUCAAAAAUCGAAAAGAAGAUCUCAAUCAGCAGCAGCUAUCAGAAGUCGUUGGGUAAAAAAAAAUAUCGAUCAACCAGGCGAUGUUUUUAAUCCGGAAAUUUCUAUCAAUAUCCCUGAUGCAGAUGACGAUCAAAAAGAAAAAGAUAUUUUAAAAAAUAAUAUCAAUAUUUUGGACAUUGGAAAUUUAUUUGAAAUUAUAAAACAAGAUACUUCGUUACGAUCUUUAUCGGUGUUACUUCAUUUAUCAUUAAUGUGUUUCGAUAUUCCUUGGCAAAAAAUUGAUUCAUUUCUAAAAGAUAUUGGUGGACUCAGUGCUGAAAGUUGUAACAAAUGGAGUAGAAUAUUAAUUGAAGAAGAUUUAGAAGAGUUUUUGGAGGACCAUAGAGGUGGUAAACAUACGGAAAGCUUUUUUGAUAUUUAUCCUGAAUUAGAAUCUUUGGCCAAGUUAUACGCCGUAGAGGCGUGCAAAAGAAAGGCAGCAUCAUUUACUUGCUGGGAACUUGCAAAAUAUUUAGAUGAUCAAUAUUAUGAAGUAACUGAAGAGGUCAAAAACACGCAACAACUAAUUCGAUCAGAAAAAGCUUGUCAUCUUGAUCUACAACGUUGGGGUUGCAAAUUCGAUAGGAAUACUGCUAAGCCUUACUGGGAAGGUCAUGAAAGACCGGAUGUUGUUGAAGCUCGCACAAAAUUUGUUCAAAAUUUUCUAACGAAUCAAGACAAAUAUUAUCGACUUGAAGAAGGGAAAGAUCCGCAAUGGAAUACACCAAAGAAAAGUCCAACGGUUCUGAUAUUUCACGACGAAUCAUGUUUUAGAAGUGGGGAAACAGCAGCAAAGCGUUGGUUCUAUUCAGAUGAUACUAUAACAUUUUUCAACAAAGGUCGAGGAAGAUCGUUGAUGGUCUCGGAUUUUUUAAUUGCACAUCCGAAUAAUCCUUUCUUUCAGCUUUCUCAAGAUGAAUGGAAGGCAGCUGUGGAGAAGUAUCCUGAAUUACUAGAAGAUGAUGGAAUUCAAUAUAUUGAACGAUCAGCUUCUGGAUCAAUUCAAGUGGGUUUUGGAGGAUAUUUUGAUAAUGAUGCCAUCAUCAAUCAAUUUAC